UCAAACUUAAAGGAUAGUGUUUUUUUUUCAUUCAAGUUUGGGUUGGAGUCUGGUUCCAUCAGAGUGUAAUUCUUAAAAAAAGAAGCAGCAGAAUGGUGCUUAGCAGUAUCGAAUCAAUAAUCCCUGAGGAGUGAGGAGGUGAGUCGUUGUUGGUCUCUGAGCAAGUCAGCAGCACGCACACGGUGGUGGUGGUGGUUGUGGGUGCCAAAAAGAAUCAGAAUGCUUACAACAGUAGCCAAAUCCAGCAGCAACAGGAGGAGUAAGAAUUCUCCAAUUCUCAUCCUAAUCCACUACUAUCACUACUCUUCUUCUUCUUCUUCUUCUUCUUUUAUUGCUUCAUCAUCAACCAAUAACAACAACAACAACAACAACAACAACAAGAUCCCAGUCCUGCCUUCUCCUUGGACAGCCCCAACCCCAACCCGUGAUUCGGAUCUUCUAGUCUCCUCGUUCAAGGACUGGUUCAAUCGCCGCAACAACUCUCUCCUUGACCAAAUCUUCCUCAUCUUAAACACCCAACAACUCCACAAUGACAGCGACGACUUAUCCUCUCGUCGCUCCGCCGACCUCGCUCUCUCCCAACUCAACCUCCGCCUCUCCGAAUCCUUCGUCUUAGAUGUUCUUAACUACGGCAAAGGCAGAGGCAAUGACGUACUCUCCGCCCUCAAAUUCUUCGACUGGGUCGGCCGCCAACCCGGUUUCCACCACACUCGGGCCACCUUCCACGCCAUUUUCAAGAUCCUCUCCAAAGCCCAACUCAUGUCUCUCUUGUUAGACUUUCUAGAUGACUACAUGAAGCAGCGCUACUUGCAUAAGGUUCGUUUCUAUGACACUCUCGUUAUGGGAUACGCUGUUGCUGGUAAGCCUCAAGUUGCACUCAAAAUGUUUGGUAGAAUGCGCUUUCAAGGUCUUGACUUGGAUCCCUUUGCUUAUCAUGUCUUGUUGAAUUCUUUGGUCGAGGAGAGCUGUUUUGAUGCCUUUCACGUCAUUUUAAACCAGAUUCGAUUGCGGGGUCUUCAGACUGACUUUACAAAUGCCAUUGUUGUUAGGAGUUUUUGUAAGCAGAAGUUGUUCCAUGAAGCUGAGCUUUACUUGCGAGGCUUGUUGACCCAAGGGAGGCAAUUGCACGGCCAUGUUGUCACUGUGCUUGUUGAUGCUCUUUGUAAGACUAAUCAAUUCCAGAAAGCUGCGAAGUUGGUGCAGGAGUUUCGGGACUCUGGCUUGGUGCCAAUGGAGGAUGCUUAUGGGGUUUGGAUUAGGGAUCUUGUUCAGGCCGGGCAGUUAGAUGGGGCUCUGGAUUUCUUGCGCACUAAGAAGUCAUUGGAAGGGUAUGUUCCCGAUGUGUUUCGAUACAAUGUUUUGAUAUGUAGUCUUUUGAGGGAGAAUCGACUUGAGGAGUUGUGUGAUUUGUUAAUGGAGAUGAAGGAGGGUCAGAUAUCCCCUGAUAUGGUCACCAUGAAUGCUGCAUUGUGCUUUUUUUGUAAAGCCGGGAUGGUGGAUGUUGCGCUUGAGUUGUAUAAUUUGAGGUCUGAAUUCGGGCUCUCUCCUAAUAGCAUGGCCUAUAACUAUUUAAUCAAUACUCUCUGUGGUGAUGGAAGCAUUGAUGAAGCUUAUCGUGUGUUGAAGAAUUCUAUUGAACAAGGUUAUUUCCCCCGUGGAAGAACAUUUUCUAUACUUGCAGAUGCUUUGUGCAGAGAGGGAAAGCUUGAUAAGAUGAAGGAGUUGGUCAUUGUUGCCUUGGAGAGGAAUUUUAUGCCAACUACUUUCUCGUAUGACAAGUUUAUAUCUGCUCUGUGUAGGGCUAGGAGGGUAGAGGAUGGGUAUUUGAUACAUGGAGAACUUGACAGAAUAAAUAAAGUUACUAAAAAAGCUACUUACUUUAACUUGAUACAUGGUUUCAACAAGUCGAACAGGGGAGAUAUUGCAGCCAGACUUCUUAUCGAGAUGCAAGCAAAGGGUCACACCCCAACUCGUGCCUUGUACAGAGCUGUUAUUUGUUGUUUAUGUGAUAUGGAAUACCCAGAAAACCAAUUUUUCAAAUUGUUGGAGAUGCAGUUAUCUCGUCAUGAACCCAAUUUUCAGAUUUACAACUUCUUCAUUGAUGGAGCUGGGCAUGCCAAAAAACCUGACCUGGCUAGAGAAGUAUUUGAGAUGAUGCGGAGAAAUGGGAUUGAGCCCACUCUGAGUUCUGACAUUCUUAUGUUGCAGAGUUAUAUAAAGAACGAAAGAAUUUCCGAUGCUUUGAAUUUCUUUAGUGAUAUAAGCCAGAGAAGAAAGAUUAAGGGUAAACUAUAUAAUACCAUUAUUGUUGGCCUCUGCAAAGUCAACAAGGUUGAUAUUGCAUUGGAGUUUUUGAGAGAAUGCAGGAAUAAUGGAGUCGUUCCAGGUACUGAUUGUUACGAGGUUCUCAUACAGAUGCUGUGCUCAAACAAAAGAUAUGAUAUGGCGAUAAAUCUUAUUAAUGACUUGGAGAAAACAGGGCGUCAUGUAACAUCCUUUAUCGGUAACAUACUUUUGCUGCAUUCUUUGAAGACUCAAGAGCUAUAUGACACUUGGGUUAAUUUGAAAGAGGUGCAGAAUGAUAAAUCUUCUGAUAGUUCGUUGCUUGGCCUGCUCAUUGGCGCAUUUUCUGGUCGUGUUAGAGUGACUCAACGUGUCAAGGACUUGGAAGAAGCGAUUGAAAAGUGCUUCCCACUUAACAUCUAUACAUAUAAUAUGUUGUUGAGAAGACUCAGCAUGAGCGAGAUGGAUCUUGCUUGUGAGUUGUUCAAUCGGAUGUGUCAAAGAGGGUAUGAACCUAAUCGAUGGACUUAUGACAUCCUAGUACAUGGAUUUUUUAAACAUGGGAGGAAAGUUGAGGCUAGGAGAUGGGCAGAAGAGAUGUUCCAGAAAGGGUUUGAUCUGACCGAGCAUACCCAACUACUCAUCUAAUGGAAUCAGUGGUCUAGUUUCCCACAGCUACUUGAUUUAAACAUCAACAAAGUUUAUACAAUUUUGGUGAGAAAUAAAACAUUUCAUGCCUUAUUUUGAUGCAAUGUUGUUUUCAAGUAUUGAAAUUUAGCUUGCUGCUGGAUGAAUUCCAGUCAGUUUGUCAGAGGCAGAAUAGUGCAGAAAACCAAGCUACAGUGCACUGGCAACCACCACAGGGGGAUUUUUAAAACUGAAUGUUGAUUGGCGCAAUUUUUCAGAAGUUGGGAGCUGUGGGAGUGGCUACCAUUAUCUGGAAUUCAAUUGGUCUACCAAUGGCA